UGAUGGGUCCUGAUGUGAGCUGACAGUGUCCGCUGCUGGCUGCUGCCUUAACUGCACGCCGGCAUCAGUGAACAGCAUCACAGCAGCAGGACAGCAGCUUUGCUGCAUCCACAGAACGCGGUGAUGCUCCUGCAUCCGCACAAGCAGAGCUUUCCUCCUGUGUGCGUUGAAAGACUGUAAAGGAUCAUUCGUUUUUCCUCUCGCCUUCGUUCAGCUGCAUCCAGCUGACUGUCAACAGGUGUGCGGCUCAGUCUCCCAUGAGCCCAGCAGGUUUAAUUACUGCAACAAACAGCAGAUGGCUCUCUUGAGUUUUUUUCUAAUUUCUGUGUGAUUGAAGCUGGAAUUAUAGUCAGCCUAAACCCAGCAAAAUUGCUAAAACUGUUCUUUAAAAUGUUUAUUAUAGGGAGAAGACAUUCAGAUUCGCAUUAAUAUUUGAGGUGAGGGUUCCUCACACGUUGGGGUGAGGGUGUCACCUCGCUUUGGUGGACCUGAGGCACCUUUUGGCGCAUGUCAUGGGGAGGCAGCUGUGAAGAAAGCCUCUCAAAGUGUGGUGCUGAAAUGCACGGAGCUGUCCGCGGUGCUGAAAUGAAGGCUGCAGCCUGACGUUUCUGCUUUUCUUUGACGCACAAAGUGAAAGGCAUUUAGUUGGAUGUUUUUGGACACCAUAUGGGGGGGUGUUGGGGUUUGAAUAAUGCACCCCACAUUUUUUUUAUUCUGCAAUGAGAUUCUGACUGUAAAGUCGCCUGAAAGUGUCUCCUCCUCAGAGGAGUGAAAGAUUGCACGCUACCAGCAGCAUGCAGAGCGGCGGUUUAUCCACCUCCGAGCAGCAGGGGCUUGAAGAGGGAGGGUGUGGGGGAGGACAUCCUCCACCGUCAGGCGUGUACUAACGAGUGUUCAGGACUUGUUGAUGAGAAGAUUUAAGAGAUGUGUUGAUUUAAGAUUAACCGAGUGACCAGUUCUUUAUUUAUUUUUCCCUUUUGACUUGGAGGAAUAUUUGGCUUCUCGGGAAAAUCCUUCCUGCGCUCUGGUUACGCGUCAUGACGCGCGGAUCGCUUGUCCGUUUUUAAAAAAAACGCAUCCAUCUUUGCAAAAAAAUACCAUCUUCACAGAUUUUUCCCCCCCUUGAAUACACGAAGAGACUCUAAAUGCUGGAUUAGAAAUCCUCAUCUUUUUUGGCACCGCUCCUAUCCUGUCUCUGCGUCCCCCCGUGGCUCCUCGGGGGACCUCGUCGCUGGUUUCUUCUUGGAAACUUGGCUUGGCCCCGCGCUGCGCGCUUCAGCCGGGCGUGAUCCUUGUAGGAGGCGCCUGUGUUUGUUUUAAUUGCUGGCGGCGCGCUGCACGGGCGUCCCCGCGUCUUCUGAUAAAGCAGUCUGGCAGAGGGAUCAGGGAAGACGAACAAGAGGAGGAGGAGGGGGUCGGAUUUCAGGGGAAAAAAAAGAUUUUGAUGCACGUGACCACUCCACAGACAGUGAGCAGAAAAAAAGGACCGUAUAGGUAUGAAUAAUCCCUCUGGAGUAUCAGCGCGCGCGAGUCUGACAUUGCUCUCCAUCCAUCACUGAUGUGUGGAUUUACGCAUUCCAUUUUCUCCCACCCCAAUUUUUUUUUUCUUUUCGAUGAAGACAAUUUGCUUUCAUGUCAUGUGUUCUCGGACUGAAAUAAGAAUGAGAUUCUAGAGAUUUGCCCAGCUGGAGUUUGACAUCACCCAUAGCUGCGACCAUGGGACUGUGACCCGCCGGGGCUGCGAGCUCUGACAGGCGACUGUUUGUGUAGUCUGUGCUCCGCCGGGCGCAGACUGGACCUGAGCAGCUGUGACAUUUUGAGCCAUGGCUGCUGCCAUCGCGAGUGGGCUGAUCAGGCAGAAGAGACAGGCGCGGGAGCAGCACUUGGACCGACCCUCCACCAACCGACGCAGAAAAAGCCCCAACAAGAACAAGGGGCUCUGCAAUGGGAAUCUGGUCGACAUCUUCUCCAAAGUGCGCAUCUUUGGUCUCAGGAAACGGAGACUACGGAGACAAGAUCCCCAGCUCAAGGGUAUAGUGACCAGGUUAUAUUGCAGGCAGGGAUACUACUUGCAAAUGAACCCUGAUGGCUCUCUUGAUGGGACCAAGGAUGACAGCAGUAAUUCCACUUUGUUUAAUCUUAUUCCUGUGGGCCUCAGAGUUGUCGCCAUUCAGUCAGUGAAGACAGGGUUAUACAUCGCCAUGAACGGGGAAGGCCAUCUCUACACAUCAGAACUCUUCACAGCAGAAUGCAAAUUUAAAGAGUCCGUGUUUGAGAACUACUACGUGAUCUACUCGUCCAUGUUGUACAGACAACAGGAAUCGGGGAGAGCGUGGUUUCUAGGGCUUAACAAAGAGGGCCAAGCCAUGAAGGGGAACCGAGUCAAAAAAACAAAACCAGCUGCCCACUUCCUGCCUAAGCCAUUAGAAGUCGCUAUGUACAGGGAGCCAUCGUUGCAUGAUGUUGGAGAAACGGUGCCCAAGGCGGCGGUAGCUCCCAGUAAAAGCACAAGUGAGCCUCCGAUGAUGAACGGUGGCAAACCUGUCAGCAAGCCGGACAAACCCCCGACAUAGCCACGCCUGAUCGGUGUCUUGUGUGCACUGGGAAAAAAAGGGAGAAAAGUGAUGGAGACAGGGCUUUUUUUCUAGACUAGACUAAACUCCAGACUCUGUUUCUACUGUGGAUCACAUCUGAGCAAACCUCCCUUCCUCCAUUCUCUUGCUCCUCCUCCUCCUCGUCCAUCCUCUUUUUCUCCAACGAUCUCGACGGAAAUGGAUUCUGAAAAUUUCCAGCACAGGAGGAAAGAGGAGCUCUGAUCUCGGAAUGCCUUUAGGUUCCUCUAAAAACUGUGAAAAAUCCUAAUGACGCUUGUGGUACCGCUUGAUAAAAGUUUGUCCAGAAAAAACAAAAAAACAAAAACAAAAAAAAAACAGCAAAAUAAACAAAAAUAAAACCUUCCUUUCUCUAUAUGCCCUGUUGCAGCAGAGUCGGUGUACCUUCAGAUAUAUUUUCUAUACAGCAGUUCACCAGCUACGUUCUGGGAUAGAGACAAUAUAGAUAAAUCAAAUAUUUGGAUUGUUGUCCUAUAUUUUUUACAAAUAUGUUGUCCUCUCCUCCUCUUUCUAUCUAUAAACACACCUUUCUCUUUGUCAAAGAACAUAGAAGAAAAUACAUUUUGCAAGAGAGUUGUUUGGUUUUCUAAAAGAACAUAACUGAGGCAUCAGGAGCAGGAAAACACCAUAAACAAUCCAUUCUUUUGCCUAAAACAUUGCACACACUUUUCAAAGAAAGUCACACACACAUAAAAAUAUAUAUAAUAAAGUUUGUGUGGCAAAUCCGAGCUGUUGCUUUUUUUGCAGUGCAUAAAAACACAUUGGAGGCUGACGGAUAGCUUCUGCAAUCAUAGUUGAUUAAGUGCUAAUUACCGCCACUGCAAUCAAAGCAAGAAGCUCCUCACACACACACAAACACAUUUACAGACAGGUGUGCGUGUGGGUGGAAGAGGGCUGUGAUGAAUGGUGUAUACAUAUCACUAUGUUCCACCAGCGGUUCAGUCCGCUUUUCUCUGGUAAAAAAAAGAAAAGCUGAAGUCUAUUUUUCUUUAUCUUUAUUUCAGAGCGUGGGCUCUAGGAAUAUUUCUAGGCCUUGUAGGCCUCUGUCAAUCACUCAACUGACAUCGUCGGACUGCGAGGCAGGGCUUGCAGCUUUGACCCAGAUGGUCUGCGACUGCAGCACCGGCGGUCUUUAUAUGGCACUACUGCUCAAACCAAUAUAGCUGUAAACCAGUUUGUGACAUUUAUACUGGAUGCGUCCCUGCUUGGUUCAGCAAACUAAAGCAUGGAUGAGGUUGUGUUCUCUUUUCGCAGCAGUAAUACAAGAGACGGCUUCUAGUGUAUCAUUAUCAUUGUAUAAAUCUUAGGGAAAAUGUCUAUUUAAAUCAUAACUUUUUAAACGACUAAAUAUUAUUGUUCUUGUUAUGAGGGAAUUUGUCUCCUAACUCAGCAUGCAGAGUCCAGUACUGAUCAUCUCGGCCUAUCACGUGCCUGUUUGGACCUUGACUCCCGGCAUGCAAAAACAAGAUCCCAGUCCCCACUGGGCCAAAGGUGCCUCGGUCACCCAUUCAUGUAGAGGAUACGUAGCAUUGCUCACAAAAAACAAAAUAUAAAAAAAUCACACUUCUCCAUUCUGAAAUGACCAAAGUCUUUUUCAUCCCAACAAAAAUUGAGUAUGGAUCACAUCCUAUAGCACAUCUCUCAGACCCAUCUAAGCUUUCACUGUGAUAGCAUUCAUUAGUAUAGGAAGAAUCACCUCUGCUCAGACCUACAAGGUCUUGACUGAUGUCAUUUUUGGGGAGAUAUAGCUUGAAUGAGUCACAUGCAUGAGAUUUCGGUAGGAACCAGGUAAGGGCUUUGCUCUUGGGCAGUCUUGCAGCUAACCCGAAAGUAAUCCACUACGCUUGGUUGUUUGUCACGGCAGUUUAUCAAAACUCCUAUCUUUUUGCUUUGAUUACUUUUUCUUUUUUUUUACCAAACAAGAUUUACAAUAGUAAAGAUUGCUGCUGAAUGCUUCUAAAAAUGCACUUACUUUAGGAGAGGUUGAUUUGUUUUAGUUUAUUAGGGUAUAUUGUACAUGAACAUUUCUUGUAACACAACAGUGAAAAUACAUGUCUGUACAAAAGUGGUGAUGCUAUGACAGGAGUCUCAUGCUACGUUCACACCGGGCAUUAAGAACGCACUAAAUGCGCAUUCUUGAACAUGCUUUCAGCAUAUGGUGUCACACCGAAUACUACCUGAUACUAGUAGAUUUACCUACAGUUGGAAGAUGCUUGGUGCGAAAUGUCAGAGUGGAGUAAAUCUGGUGAAUCUUCCAACAGGCUUUUUCUUUCACAGCUCUAUUCCAAAACACGAAAGACUUUCUGAAUAUGAAUAAUUUCCUUACCCCUUUGGUUUCUACAUUCAGCCCUCCAAACAUAGAGUUAUGGAGAAAUAUGUCCAAAUUUCCACCCUAAUCCCUAACUACUAAAAAACUAUAUAGUGCCGGACUGUCUAGUGCCCUGGAUUUUGAAAGUAAUUUCGACACAAUGUUCACUACUUUACUAAACGCUGGAUAUGACGUCACCGAUUUCAUGAAGUGAAAAUGGAAUCAACGUAACUUCCCUGUGUUCUGAUGAUGUCCACGUUGAACACAAGGUCAAUGUUCGCUGGUCUUGUACGUAGAGCCCAAAACUUUAGCAACACAAAUGUGUAUUUAUAUUGCCUUUUUAUUGAAAGUGUUUGCUCAAAAGCGCGUUGCCGAUGCCGGUGUGAACGUAGCCUAACAGGCGCUGACCAUCACUCUUGUGGCGUUUCCUGGAUUUUACAAGCUCUACAUGCCGGACUGGUUCACACCCCUGUCCGGUUGACGUUAUUUUUGUAAAUGACAGCCCUAUAAAUGUUCGUUUUUCCUGUUAUGAUUUCACUUUUUGCAAAUCCACCUUUGGUUUGUUCUCAUCUCUCUACAAGAAUAUUAUGUAAUCUUUGUUGCUUCUGUUUUGAACCUCUUUUUUCUGUACGUUGUCCCAUCUGUUGCAUGGGGAGGAGGAUGGCGUUGAUGAUCUGCAUGUAGUAGGUUAUGUCUAUCAAGAACUGUUGGUAUGUACUGCUAAUUUUACAUAUAUGCAAUGAGUUUGUCUACAAUAUACAGUUUGUUGUAUACAUAUAUACAACAUAUUGAAUAAAAUAUUUAUAUAAAGGUGUACUGUAAUGUCAGUAACUUAAUCCUUAAUGCAAUAUAGCGUGCAGUAUAUUAUUGCACUUGUCAUUUUUUUUUUUUUUUUUUUUUUGGGAUGGGAUAAAGAAAACAGACUGAAGUGCUUGGUUAAGCAUGAAAAAAAGGCCAAAGUAGACUUACAGUAACAAAACAUUUGCUUUAUGGCUUUUAAUGAGUUUAUCCUGCUGAGCUCCUGCAUCAGUGCAGCUCUAAUCCCCUGAUGUGACCUUAACAUGAACAUCCAGCAUGCCACAGAUAAACCAUUUGUUCUUUUUUUUUUUUUUUAAUUAGUGUAGAUUUACAUGCCAGGUGUCCUGUUUAUUCAUUUUUAUGUUAUUUUUUUCCUUUCUAAAACUGAAUAGGCUCAGAAUAUUUUUAGAAGUAUAUAUAUUAUGCCCAUUGGAGUUAUGUCAUGUUAUAACAAAUUUGUAACCAUGUAUGAUGCGUUGUUUUCCAUGCAAAAUGUUGUGUCAGUGCGGCACAUUUAAUGUUUUAUUUUGGGAAAAAAAAGGAAAUAAAAAGAUUUACUUCC